UGCCUGAAUCCUAAAUCCUAAAGAAUGGCCCUGGAAGCUAUUCAGAAAACCUCUAGAACUACUAUUGAGCUUGAGCUAAUUUCAAGUCCACGGAUUUCUUUCUCUGCUGAUUUCCUUGAUGAAACCAACUUCAUUUCCAUCAAUCCACAUUCUCAAAAUGAAGAGAAAGAACCAGAGAAGGAGAAGGAGAUCAAGGGCAAAGGCAAGGCAAGAGCUGCAGAAUUUGAGUUCCUUUCAAGCAAUGAGAGCAGCCAUGCCAUGUUGACUGCGGAUGAGCUUUUCUUUGAAGGAAAGCUACUUCCCUUUUGGCAAAUGCAGCAUUCGGAGAAGCUCAACAAAAUCAGCCUUAAAACAAAAGAUGCUGUGAAAGAAGAAGAGGAAGAAAUGAUUAACAAGGAGGAGAGUAGGGUGAGUUGGUUAAUCGAUGAUGACCCAUCUCCAAGGCCACCAAAAUGUACUGUAUUGUGGAAAGAGCUGCUGAGGGUGAAGAAGCAACGCGCUUCUUCUUCAAGCUCACCGGAUGACAUAGCUACAGCAGAAGGAAAAGAAGAGUCGAGAAAUAGAGAUAGGCAUGUGAAGAGAACAAACAAAGGGCUGGAAAGAACAAGAUCAGCAAGCAUUAGAAUAAGGCCAAUUAUAAAUGUGCCUAUUUGUACGCAAUUGAAAAACAGUGCAUUGCCCCCUCUGUUUCCCCUUAAGAAAGGAAGACUAGAGAGGUGA